GGGCAUCCUUGCAGAUUUAACUCUUACAUACCAACCUUACUUCAAAAGCAAGACCAAAUUUAGAAGAAUAACAAGCUAUCAAAUUGGUAAGCAUAUUAUAGCUAUCUUUCUGAUGAGAGAAGGAGAGACAAUGCUACAGGGAGAGAAUGAGUCUGAGAUCACUUCUCUCAAGAAAAAACUUGAAGUUCACAUGGCAAGGGACGAGUUACUACAGAAGGAAAACCAGGAACUCAGAGAAGAAGUUGGCCGCUUAAAGUCACAGGUAAUUUCACUUAAAGCACACAACUUGGAGAGAAAAUCAGUUCUGUGGAAGAAGAUACAAAAAUCCAUCGAUGGCAACAACAAUUCAGAACCAAUUCAACUUAAAGCAUCAUCACCAGUUCAGGUAAUCACAUGUGAAAAGAGUUCAGAAAAUGCAAAUAUACAUACAAAUCCAGAUUUUCAAGAAUCAGCACCUAGAAAAGAAAAACCAGCAAUAGUACCAGCUCCUCCACCCAGACCUUCUGCUGCCCUCCUUCUUCCUCUUCAUAAAAAAGAGAAAGUACUUAAAAUGCAGCCAAUAGCACCACCACCACCUCCAACACCACCAAAAUUAUCGUUAGUUGGGCUAAAAGCGGUGCGCCGUGUGCCUGAAGUAAUAGAGUUGUAUCGUUCCCUUACACGAAAGGAUGCUAACAUGGAAAACAAAAUACAUUCCAAUGGAAUUCCCACAAUAGCAUUCAGCAGAAACAUGAUUGAGGAAAUUGAAAACCGCUCAACAUAUCUGUCAGCUAUAAAAUCAGAAGUUCAAAGACAAGGGGAGUUCAUCAGUUUCUUAAUUAAGGAGGUAGAGUCUGCUUCAUUUGCAGAUGUUUCUGAGGUGGAAACGUUUGUGAAAUGGCUCGAUGGGGAACUAUCUUCGUUGGUGGAUGAGAGGUCAGUGCUAAAACAUUUUCAGCAGUGGCCAGAACAAAAAGUAGAUGCAAUGAGGGAAGCAGCUUGUAACUACAGAGAUCUGAAGAACCUUGAAUCUGAAGUUUCAUCCUAUGAGGACAAUCCCAAAGAGCCAUUGUGUCAGACAUUGAGAAAGAUACAAGCACUGCAAGACAGGUUGGAGAGAAGUGUGAGUGCUAAAGAGAGGAUGAGGGAGAGUAUUAGCAAGCGAUACAGGAAUUUCCAUAUCCCUUGGGAGUGGAUGUUGGACUCAGGUCUUAUUGGUCAGAUGAAGCUAAGUUCAUUGAGACUGGCAAAGGAAUUCAUGAAACGGAUAGCCAAGGAAAUAGAGUCAAAUGAACUUUUGCAGGAAGAUAACCUCUUUGUACAAGGAGUUAAGUUUGCAUUCAGAGCACACCAGCCUUUCAGUUUGCAGGUGGCUUUGAUCCUGAGACCAUACAAGCAUUUCAAGAACUGAAGAAGAUUGGUUGUGCUAUACCAAGCUAUAGUAAUCUGAUUAAAUGCCCCAAACUUGUUAAAACUUGCCAUAAACCUGUAUCUUAACUUAAAUUGUCUUCCCUUAAUUAUUUGAUGCAUACAUAUCAGCAGUGGAAUUAAUAAAAUGUAUAUGCUCCUCUCUGUAUUUCCUAAAGCAUUGCCUACUUUUGGCUGGUAGGUACAUGCUUUCUUAAUUAUGGAAGAGAUAAAUCCUCAUUGGAGUGUCUUUGUGCUUCACAAAGUAAACCAUUCCCUAAAUGAAGACCAUAUAAUACUCAAUAUAUAGGCUGCAUAGGACCAUAUGGUUAGCCAUAAAGGCUUAAUGAAUGAAAAGAAAUGAAGAGCAAUUGAGAGCAACUGAAUGUGUGUAUUACCUAUCUUCAUCAUCAAAGUGGAAUACUUCUCCACUAAUGACUGGAAAAGGUGACUAAGUAGUGUGUCACUGUAAUCAACCAUUUUAUGCCCACCAAAAUAAACUCUAUAUCAAGCAUAUUUUAGAUUUCCGUAUUUAAGUGU